AUGACCGUCGCGCGACCCCGCCCUGAGGGGGACGAGGCGGCAGGGAGACCGCCGAUGCUUGGUCUCGGCGGCUAUGCGAUUCCUCGGGUGCCCAUUCGGGUUGUCUUGGCCAGAGACGAGGAGGCCGCCGGGAUUGAGAGUGAGACAACCAAAUUGCGUCCACCAGCAUAUGGGCUAUGGCGAGAGAGUGUUCGCGUUGAUCCCAACCGGCUCUUCUGGCAACGCAAUGAUGAUCCGCAGACGGCUGAAUCGUCAAGGUGGUCAGAGCCCCAAACAGGUCCGCGACCACCAUCGUAUGCCUCCGACGAUGGCAUCAGUUACGUUGUCGAUGCCGUCCCUAGGUCGACCGCACCCACGACUGAUGUGCCUCUUCCGGUUCACCCCUCCGAGAGGGGAAGGUGGGAUGGAGCGCAAGCACCCUGGUAA